UCAUGAACCUGAUCUAGAUAUGAAAAUAAUUUAUGACAGAAUUGAAUUACUAAUCAUCCAAUUAUUAUCAUAUUGAAAUCAUUAUUCAUAAUUUACUUCAUUAUCAAUCAUGAUUUAACAUAAUCAAUGUUUGACUAAUUAUUUCCAUGUUUGAGGAUUUUAAAGUUUGACCAUAUCUUGAAAAUCUUCAGAAGUGUCUCAUAGGUUGUCACCUGUCGGGGGACAGGAGAAAGGUCCCUUCAGAUUCCCCCACGGGCGUGGACCAUACCGCGCCUCACAGUUGUGCCACUAUAUAAACAUCCAACAUACAGGAUUAUGUCAGAUCAAGUAUCCACAAGCAAACAUGGCAUUCAAACUUGUCAGCUUCGCAGCUCUUCUGGCUGUAGCCCGCGCCGGCAUUCCCUUAGCUGCGCCAGCCUACUCGUACUCCAGUAUUUCGUCUCCAAUUGCUCAUCUUGCACCAGCAGCACCCGCAUAUGCCAAAAUUGCCACCUACUCUUCCCCCACCAUUUCUUAUGCCUCACCAAUAGCUAAAGUAGCCACCAUUUCUGCCCCAACUUACCACUACGCUGCUCCAACUUAUUCUGUUGCUCAUGCACCAGUAGCUUAUGCUGCUCCAAUUGCCAAGGCUAUUGUCCCCGUAGCUAAGACCAUCGUUGCUGAACCAUCUGCCCCAGCUCACUACGAUUUUGGAUACUCCGUCAACGACCCCCACACCGGAGACAGCAAAUCUCAACAAGAAUCUCGCCGUGGUGAUGUUGUCCAAGGCAGCUACUCCCUCAUUGAAGCCGAUGGAUCCAAACGUAUUGUAGAAUACACCGCUGAUCCACACAAUGGUUUCAACGCUGUCGUACACAAGGAACCAGCUGCAGUUGCUGUAAAAGCAGCAGUACCAGUCGUUGCGAAAUAUGCCGCUCCAUUGACAUAUGCUUCACCAAUUGUUAAAUACGCUGCUCCUUUGACUUAUGCUGCACCAGCAUAUGCCAAAAUUGCCGCCGCUCCAGCUAUCACCUACCACCAUUAAUUUUACUGGAUUUGACCAAACUGAUGUUACCAUUUUGAUUUAUAUCGUUGACUCGUUUAUAUAGUUGUAGGCUUAUUAUUUAUUUUUAUAGUAUAGGCUGUAUGAAUGCCAUAAUAAAAAGUUUGAUAUAA